GGAAGCGCAGCUGCAUCAACGAGCUCUCGUUGAACCUGCACACUUGCGCCGUGUUUUUCGGCCGCGGUAUCCCACCGGAAGGACACCGCUCCUGCGAGCGUCGCUUACAGAACACCCCCGAGGGCAGGAGGCGAGAGAGAGGACUGCGGGGCCGCGGAGGAGAGUCAGGCAAGCCAGGAAAGGACGCCCGAGCCCGGUUUGAUGCUGGCGGCCCAUCAGUUCAUAAGGGACCGCUGUUUAUCCUAGAAACGAUCGGACGCGUCAACGGUCCUCUGUUUUCACGUUCAAAGCCGUUCGGAGAACACCUUUCGCCCGAACGCACCGUGAGAGCCGCGACAGACACGGCAGCAUCCUUCCGUACCUGCGGCUCUCCAGCGCCUGACAGGCCCAGAGUCAUGGGCAACACGCCGGCCGCCAAACGGGGCAACGAGAUGGAAAGCGUCAAAGAGUUUCUGGCCUUUGCCAAAGAAGAUUUCCUCAGGAAAUGGGAGAGUCCUGCACAGAACACAGCGUGUCUGGAGGACUUUGACCGGUUGAAAACUCUGGGCACGGGGUCGUUUGGCCGGGUGAUGUUGGCGAGGCACAGAGAGACCGGGCAGCAUUACGCCAUGAAGAUACUUAACAAACAGAAGGUUGUGAAGCUGAAGCAGAUCGAACACACAUUAAAUGAGAAGCGGAUACUGCAGGCCGUCAGCUUCCCUUUCUUGGUGCGGUUAGAGUACUCCUUCAAGGAUAACACUAAUCUGUACAUGGUGAUGCAGUACGUUCAGGGAGGGGAGAUGUUUUCACACCUGCGCAGAAUCGGCAGGUUCAGUGAACCCCAUGCGCGGUUUUACGCUUCACAAAUAGUUUUGACAUUCGAAUAUCUGCAUGCUCUUGACCUGAUCUACAGAGACCUUAAACCAGAGAACCUCCUCAUCGAUCAGCAGGGCUAUAUCCAGGUGACUGAUUUUGGUUUCGCGAAGCGGGUCAAGGGUCGCACGUGGACAUUGUGUGGCACGCCUGAGUAUCUGGCCCCAGAGAUUAUCCUCAGCAAGGGUUAUAAUAAGGCUGUGGACUGGUGGGCUCUGGGUGUAUUGAUGUACGAGAUGGCUGCUGGUUACCCUCCGUUUUUCGCCGAUCAACCCAUUCAGAUCUACGAAAAGAUUGUCUCAGGAAAGGUACGAUUCCCGUCUCACUUCAGUUCUGACUUGAAGGACCUGUUGAGAAACCUGCUGCAGGUGGACCUGACCAAGCGUUAUGGCAACCUUAAAAAUGGAGUAAAUGACAUCAAAGGACACAAGUGGUUUUCCAGUACUGACUGGAUAGCCAUUUACCAGCGGAGGGUGGAGGCCCCAUUUGUGCCUAAAUGCAGAGGUCCCGGGGACACCAGCAACUUUGAUGACUACGAGGAAGAAGAAAUCCGUGUAUCGUUCACGGAGAAGUGUGGAAAAGAAUUUGCCGAGUUCUAGCGGAAGAGGCGACCAAAUAAAGAGAGAGAGAGAGAGAGAGAGAGAUAAAGUGCAUGAAUCUUUUAAGCGAUCCUUCCUCCUGUACAAACUGCAGAGAAACCAGCGGAAGAGUGCAGAGAAGACCUCCAGGGAUAAACAGUGAGGCCUUUUUCAUCUCCUCUAUUUUAAUCAUGUUUGUAAUUUUCUUUUCUUUUUUAAAAUCUCUGUUCAUGUGAUAUGAAUUAAGAUGGAUUCGAUAGGGUGUAGUUGUCAGCCAGCGGACUGGGAUGGUUGUUACCGCACAAAAAGAGAGAGGGGGUUAGUUAUAAUCCUGAACAGAUACCACAACGGUGCGACGCAAGUCUCCGCUAGGUCACCAUAACAACCACACAAACAAAAAGACAAUAAAUGUGUAUUCCUGUGUAAUAACCGAAAUAUUUUUGGUCCUGUGUACUGUCAUGUGUUUCUUUAUUCUUCAAAAUGCACUGAAGGGAUGACCGUGAAAAUGGCAGUGAAAAGAAGCCAUGAGCACCAUUUCUAUUUUCUUCUUUCAGCUGUAGGUCCACCGCUCUCUGUAAAAUAUUCACUGAUGAACUUUGAACUUUCACUGAUGAAAUGUGCCAUGAAAUCCUACAAGUGUCAAUAUCAUCGUCAGUUGUUUCAUUGAUUAGCUGGUGAGUACACACCCGACUGACGGCCUUGACUGUGCAGAAGGGGGAAUUCAUGUUUUAGUUUUGUUCGUUUAGUAUUGUUACAACUACUGUGUAAUCGUUACGGCUCUCAUUGGGUUACAUUUAUAAUACCUGACAAAACUGCACACACACUUUGUGCGCAAUUCAGACGGACAAGGCCUUGCGGUUGACACCUUCCAGCGAGUCGCUGCAUCGCCAUUUCUUCCUCCUGUUUUCUUCCAUUUGUGCAUAUUUUCACAUAGGCAAAGUCUUCUCUCUGAAUGGGUGCAGUGCAUCUGGCUCCUUUUUGGGUGAGAAUUUGUCACACGCAAAUCUUAAACUCUAGGCUACAAAUACCUCCGGAGCAGGAGGUGAACUCAGUGGAUUCCAGUGCUAACUUCUGAGGACAUGGUUCAAGUUAAUUGUGAUAUUUUGCACCACAAGAAUCAUUCCAAUAAAGUAUUACUAUA